GGGGGGGCAUCAGCAACCCAAACAACUUGUGGCUUCUUGAAAAGAAGUGGUUUGUGCGCUUUUCAGCUUUUUACUGCACGUUAGAUCGUUGUGGACUUCAACUCCUAAAAAAAGAAAUAAGCGGAGCGUGGUUUUUCUCCCGCUCUGGGGCUGGAGGAUACCAGUGACCCACCCAACAAAAUAGGGGGAGCUGUGACAAUAAAAGACUGCGCCGGAUAUGACUGAAAUCUCAGCGAGCCUCACAUUAUUCCGGAGUCGCUGUUGGCUGGAUAGGACGUUGCUAAAAUGAAAGAAGACGGACCUACUUGAAGUGACCAAUCAGAAAUAGCGGUAUACACGCUGCCAAUUUAGGUGGCGCCAUUUUUGUUCAGGGCUAAAAUUCUAUUUUCUUUCUUUUGUGAUCGGCGUAGAAACUUAAAUGGUGACGACAUCAAAUAAUUUUGUUCCCUUCGUAAAGAUGGUUCUACUUAGCGUCUCUUAGUUGCGGUGCGUUUGUUGGCCAUCACCAUCCUGGUAGGAUGGCACUGAGAAGAUCGGCUUUGCAACUGCGAAUUAUACCUUGGGGAUUCCGGAAAGCUGGUCAAGGUACAGACCCCUGGGAGUGUACCCAGUUCAGUUCUGCAGUUCCCAGUUCCAUACCUUCUGUUAAGGAUGAAGUGAAUACAACAGAAAAUGAAAUUGUUGCUCCUGAUUUUACUAACCGAAAUCCUCGUAACUUGGAGCAGUUGGCUCUAGCAAGGAAGGAGAGAGGCUGGAAAACAACAUGGCCAACACACAACUAUUGGCACAGGUUGAGACUUGAACAAACACAGAACCAUGUGGAGGCCUAUGUUGAGCAUUGCAGUGGUCAAAUUGUAGUCUCUGCUUCCACCCGAGAGUGGGCCAUCAAGAAGCACCUUCAUCGUACAACAGGUGUAACAGCAUGUACGAAUGUUGGGCGCGUGCUAGCUCAACGUUGUCUUGAAGCAGGAAUCAACUUUGUGGACUUCCGAGCUGUAAUUCCGUGGGAAAAACAUAGUGAUUCGGUCCAGAGCUUUCAAAAUGCUGUGAGUGAAGGUGGCGUUGUACUGGAAGAGCUGCGAAGAAUUUAUAAAUAAGUUUAAAACUUGUGAGAACAUGUUGAGAAACAGACUAUUGAAGCAUUCCUGGUUAAAUAAAAAUCUAAUAGACAA